GGGCGCAUGAGGGUCCCGGGGCCGUGGCCUGGUGCAGCGUGUGGACCCCGGCCCAGCCUGUACGACGUCGGCAGCAUGAGCCUCCCGAGCAGCGGGCCGGCGGGCAGCAUCUUUGACCUGGACUGCACCUCCGGGCAGGUCCGCUGGGCGCUGGUGGCCGCCGGCUGCACCUUCUACCUGGGCGUCUUCGUGGCCUGCCACCAGCUGUCAUCUUCCCUGAACGCCACCUACCGCUCCCUGGGGGCGCGAGAGCAGGUCUUCUGGAACCUGGCGGCCACGCGCGCAGUCUUUGGCAUCCAGGGCACCGCGGCGGGCCUACGGGCGCUGCUGCUGGACCCCGUGCUCCAGGCCGACAAGGUGCUCGGCCAGCAGAACUGGUGCUGGUUCCACAUCACCACGGCAACCGGAUUCUUCCUCUUCGAGAACCUCGCGCUCCACGUGUCCAACGCGCUGUUCCGCACGUUCGACGGGUUCCUGGCCGUCCACCACCUCUUCGCCUUCCUCGGGUUUCUCGGCUCCGUGGUCAACCUCCAAGCGGGCCACUACCUGCCCAUGAUCACGCUGCUCCUGGAGAUGAGCACGCCCUUCACCUGCAUCUCCUGGAUGCUCCUAAAGGCCGGCUGUGCGGACUCGCUGCUCUGGAGGCUGAACCAGUGGCUGAUGGUCCACCUGUUCCACUGCCGCAUGGUCCUCACCUACCACAUGUGGUGGGUGUGCCUGGGCCACUGGGACGGCCUGGCCCGCAGCCUCUUCCCGCCGCACUGGGCGCUCUUCGUGGUCGGGCUGGGCCUCCUCACGGUCCUCAUCAACCCCUACUGGACCCGCAAGAAGACGCAGCAGCUGCUCAACCCCGUGGACUGGAACUUCGCGCCCGGCCGCCCCAACGGGCCGGCGCCGCCCAAGAAGACGAGGUAGCGGCCUCGGCCCCGACUGUCCCCGCGGCGCCGACCCCAGGCCGCGUGAGUACUGACGUCCACGUGGCGCCG